CGGGAACUCGACGAAGAGGAGCUUUUUUUGUACAAUGAAAAGUUUCAAACGAAAAUAAAUUUCCACAACUCCAUAAAAGCGCGAAAAUGCCGAAAAAGGAACGGGAAGUUCGCGACGCCCGCAUGGGCUACAUCGAGGUGGAUAUCCACCUAAAAAAACCCAUCCCCAUCCAAUUUGUCAUGCAAAAUAUACAUCAGAAGCAGUGUUUAUCAUGCGAAAAAUGAAUGGGGAUGGGAAUGGGUUUUUUUCUGUGGAUACUAGAUGAGGCUGUGCUAGCCCCGGAGGACAAGCAGAAACUGGAGCACUAUUCCGAGGACAUCCUGGCCAUGCUGCACCGAAAUGACCCGAAAGACCCGAAAACUUUAAGUCUCUUCGGGAUCCACUUCUCCAGGCACUUCUACCGGGACUUCGCGUUCUGCUUCAUGCACAACACGCGUACUUAUAAUUGUUACAGCUCAGAUUGUUGUAGUUGUUAACCACUUUCUUCAACAAAUUUCGUUUGUCAGUUUAGCUCGAACAACUACAAGUGAGCAGCCGUGUUUUUGAGGUUGACCUGCUUCAAUAGCACCAGCAGUGUGACGAUGAUGAACUUUCUUCGAAAAAUAUUAUAAACCCGUCUACUCAGGUAUCCGCAAGCUCCAGCUGGAGAAGUGCAACAUCAAUGACGUUGCUUGUGUAUCCUGCGCAAAAGAAGUACCGCAUGACUCGCACGACUAUCUGUAAUAGCAAUCUGACAUGAAUAAAAAAUUUUGUAAAUCUGUAUCUGCCCUACAACUACCCGAAUACGCAUGAAAAUGUAAAGAAGUAAAUGCUUUAUUGCGGAGAUGUAGAUACUUUCGCGCAUUCCAUAUUGCGAACGACUGGGCUUUAUGCUCCGUGAAAACCAGGCGGUCCAGGUGCUCUCGCUGAACGAGAACCACAUUAAGUCGGUCGGCUGCGGGUUUAUCGCACGACUAAUGGACAAGGGGUACGGCUCGCAGUCGAAGUGUGAGCUGACGCAUCUGUUCCUGAACCGCAAUCAUAUCGGGCCGGUCGGGGCGAAGUCGCUCGCCAUAACCUUGGCGCACAACACCUACCUGCAGUGCUUAGAAGUCCGGGAAAACUGCAUCGAUGACUGGGGACUGGGGUGGCUGUGCAUGGGUAAGUGAAAAAAGCUUGAUAAACUAUUUUCUGAAGUAGAGUUUGACCACGACAAACACAAAUACUCCCUCAUGCUAAAUCAAGAUCAACAGUGCGCAUUAUAUCUUGUUUCUCGUGCAUUUCUCUCAUAAUUUUGGUCUUUUGUUCUCGCAGCGUGUCAUUGUGGCAGUGGCUGCGACAAUGCCGAAGAAGAUGCCCGUGUCUGUCAUAUUCAUUAUUAGGUCUGAAAUCCAACACCACCCUCCGGCAACUGGACCUGCAGUCCAAUCCGAUCGGCGAAAACGGGCGACAUAUGGAUUGCAAAAGUGUCUGGGCCUGGAAGGUUGGAACUUGUAACGCUCGCUUUCCAUACGUAGGAAAGUUGUCAUGCUUGGUUGCAUUCGGAACUGUGUCCAUCAUCCACAUUUUAGCAUCACAAGUUUCCACUUCCAGACCCAGACAUAUUUGCAAUUGAUACGACACGAGCUGGACGGCUUGAGACACGCAACCGGGAGAGAUAUCGAAGUGGAGGAUCCGAUUAUCGGCGAAGAAUCCCUGAAAUUUAUGUCCUUCGAAUACGUCGAAAUUCUGCCCCACAUGGUGAAGAACGAAUCUUCGAGACAAGAUCUCCGAAGCUCCAGAUCCUCUACUAGAGUCCCAUCGCAUGGAUCCAGGUCAAAAUCGGGUAGUAGAUCCCGACCGACUAGCGCCAGGUCGAGACCGUUAUCCGCGCAGUCGUCGAGGAGUGUGACGCUGAAUAGCAACGGAGUGCCGAUUCGGUCUGACGGAAGUUUAGUCAAGGUAUAAUACGGCGUCUGGGAUUUUCCAUUUUCUCAUGUUGCGUGCUUGAUAUGAAAAAAGGUAAUAAAGGAUGAAUGUGCUAACUAUCAUGCAGCUGCUGUUGCCUAGGAUUUGCUACUCCACUGUAGUUUAUUCUUAUUCCAAAAACUGCUACUUACAUACAUCAGUCCCAGUCCAAGCGGUCGAAAUCGCAGGCGAAGAUAAAGAACAAGCUUGGUGCGGUCUAUUUCCCCGCGGCUACCAACAUGCUGAAGAAAUCAAAGGCGAAUAAAGGAUCUCCAAGCAAAUCCUCAUCAUCGCGGGCACUUACGCCGAAAAGUCGGACUAGUUCAUCUUCUUCCUCCGGCCUCCCCAUGCUCAUCCCCGAGACAGAACAGCGACUAGUAGUGCAAAUCACGAAAUUUGACACUCUCCAGAAGCGUUACAGUUUGGGUAACGGGGAGUCGUACCGACCAACGUUGGCGGAGAUUCGACAGCGAGGAUUGACCCCGACGAGAAACAGUUCUCGGCCAAGCACGGGGAAUGGCAGAGGUUCGAACCUCACCGGCAUGCUGCAAAACGCGGCUGCCAUGAACCGGGCGAGUAGUAGUGGCACGUCGUCACCGAGUAGGAGGAAAAAAGACAUCUACAAGCAAGAUACGAAGAAGCUCGCGGAAUUGGCUUUGGCGCUGGAGAAAUCGCUGCCGCCAGUGAUGUCGAAACAUCUCCCACCCGCGUACUACGCACCGGAUCUGGAAUUGGCGGUGCACCCGAGGCCGGGGUCGGUGUUGCUGCAAGAAAUGGACCUGGACGCGGAAAACCAAACGGAAUCCAUGUCCAGUCCGAGAAGAUUGGUGAUGGGCGAACGGCGGGAGAGACAACAAUCCCCGGAAAAGAUGGUGGAGGCGAGGAAGAAGUUGCUAUCGCCGAAACACAGGAAAUUCGCGGAAGACCACUUUGCGCAGAAAGGACAGUAUAAAUAAAACUACUGCGUUGGUGUUUUACUUUGAUUUUUGACAUGCGACAUACUAGACCAUUGUUAUUCUAAGCUGCAUUGAAGAUUUGCAAUUGAGAAAUAGGAACGCAGCACACCGCUACUGUCCGUCCUAUAAGUACUUGCUUUCGCAUGGCAUCGAAGUAGCACUUUUUUUAUCAACAAAAUAAACCAGCUUCCGCAAGUCCUACCGGCACCGGUAUUCCCCCGAAUACGACUUCAUGGGUUCCGUCACGCAUCACGAGCUCUUUGACAAAAUCGCCGCUCGGGCCCAGGCGCAGGAGGACGCAAAGCUCGCAGUGCAGAUGGCGUAUGCGAGCGGUGAGAUGGACAAACCGGCACUGAAAUUGACAAACGGGCCAACGGCGUCUGACAACGUGAUCGAAUACAUGUUGAGCAAAAAGCCGAGUAAGGAAACAGACGACGCACGGAUGACGGUGCAAGGAGACGAGACGGUCAGUGCGGCGUUGGAACAGGUAGGAUAUUGCUUGUAUGGGUAGCAGUACUCUUGGUGGGUUUUUUUACUGACUGACAGGCCCCCGAUACUUCCAUGGUACUAACUUUUGCCUGAGCAGUAUGAAUUGCUGUUGCAUCUAACUUUGCAAAAUUGAAAUUCAAUAUUGUGGUGCACAUUACAAUGAAACAACACAGCAACGCGACGCCGAGCGUUUGCAGCGGGAAGCGAGGACGUUGGCCGAGGAAAUUGAGGAAUUUGCGGACGAUUUUGAAGAAGAAGACGUUUCCUUUGAGCAGCAAAUCGAACAGGUGGGAAAGGACGCCGAUGAAACUACACGCGAUCUCGAUAUUGAUCUACCAUUAGAAGGAGCACCAGAAGCAGAAGAUCAACAUCCACCCGCAGCUACUUCUGCAGAGCAAGAACUCGAAGGCGAGGACGCGACCUCCGAACAGAAAACCAACUUUGUCCGUUUCGCCACCGGGAAUAAUAACACAACCACGUUGGAGGAAGAGCAGCAAGAAUCCGAAGUUGGGCACCAGCCGUCUCAGCACCAGAGCUCGGAACUGUCCGACGUGAACGACCGAGUUACUGGGAGGCGGAUAACGGAUACCUCUUCUGACGAAUUCGCCAGGCCCGCGGAGUGGAGUCUGCGUGACCCGGCCGGCAAUAAACCGAGGUCACCGAAAGACGAUGCGGACGGGGGUAGUUCGUCGCCGAAACGAGGCAAGAGGAACAAGAACUUUCGGAAGAAGAGGAGCAAGAGCGGUUCUCCGUCCCAUUUGAACUCAUCGGACGGCGAUGUGGAAGAUUUGGCGAUUGACGAGGAUGAAAGUCCAAGCAAGGCUGGUGGAGUUGUGGCAGAAGCUGCAGCGUCGUCUUCUUCGCAGUCGGGUGUAGCUGUACUUGCGCAGCAAACAACAGAGCUGAAGGAAGAAGCAGUUGCUGCAGCAACGACUGUGGAUGCGCCUGGUGCUUCGGGACAGGGCGCAGUGGUGGAAGAUGCUUCUGCAGCUCCGGUGGAGAUGAAACUGAAAGCAGAGGAAACAUCAGUGGUAGAGAAGCCAUCUACUGAUACUGCAACCGCACCAGCAGGAGCAGUGCCCGAACAAGAACCAGUUGAGCAACCAGCCACCAAUUCUCCCGACGACGAGCUUCCCCAGCAGCGGAUCGCGCAGGAGGUCGCGGAAAUCCAGCUGCUCUACGGCGCGGAGAGAAUCAGCGAAUUUUCCGCCGGCUCGCAGAGCAAGAACACUUCGGAGGCUGGCGACCAGACGGCGAGGUUGUUGGAGGCGGGAGUCCGGGACCACGUGAGCAGCAGCGGUUCUAGCGAUGCGGCGAAAAGCAAAAACAUCGAUGCCAGUGAAGCACCAACGUUGAACGCGGUGCCGGAAGGGACGGUAGCGUCGUCAGCAUAUCAAAUGCAAAAAUGUCUGGGUCUGGAAGAAUGCAAGUUUGUCAUGCUUGUCUGGCAUGACUCGAGGUCGAGAAUCUCUGUUGCAUAGGCACGAAAAGGCCCUCUUACCUGUCAUGCAAAAACGCAGCUUGCCAUGCCGAAUACGUAAGGCAUGGCAGCCAAGAAACAAAUUUGUCAUGCAUAGCUGCGUACUGCAGUGCGUCUAGCAUUCACUUUUAGCAUUACAAGUUUCCAGACCAAGACAUAUUUGCAAUCCAUACAGCAAGAGAGAUCGCAACUGUUGUCCUCGACAACGACAAUGAGCAGAUUCUGGGAGAAGACAGCACACCCGCGGUCGGAGGUGGGGAGAGUGAAGUAGUUGUACCAGCAGGAGCAGAAGCUGUACAACAGGAACCUCCGGAAAUAGUACCAUCAAAACAAGAAGGCGAUGAAGCUGCAGGAGCACCUACAACUUCAGCAAAUGUAGUCGACGACGCCCUGAACCUCGACAACAACGCCCCCUCCCAAACCCUGGAGAUCGAGGCCGAGCACCAAGAGCAGGUCGACAGCCGGAGUACGGUGUCGUCGAAAGCGAAAAGCAACCUCCUGCCCGAGGAGGAGUCGCAGUCACAAAUGCAGGACGAAUCGGUGGUAUGCAUUACAAAAGCAUCGCACUAGUACGAAAUGCAAUACAAACUUUCUCGUCAGCAUGCCAAAUGAAAUUUGUGAUGCGGGUCUCCCUUAAGAAAGGAAUUUGUAAUGCUAAUGCAUGAUUGCAAUUACUACAACGAGUGUGAUACUUUUGCAGAGCAUAGUUGGUAAACACAAACAACUUCGAGGUCGACGGAGGCUCUCUCGCGAUAUCCACAGUAAAUUUCCUGUACACGUACAAAUGCAGUCUCUGCAUGACAAAACUACUCGCCUUCAAUCCUAGUCCAGCAUGACAAGUUGGACUCUGCAAGGUAGCGAAAUUUGUCAUGCAUUUUGUACAUGUACAGGAAAUUUACAUUGCAUACGCGACCUACGACUUACACAACGAACAGGGCUCGAACGCACCGGGCAGUAACGCCCCGGGAGAGGUGGCUUUUGUGCCAGGAGGUUCCGCAACAACCGGGGCCGCUGCUCCAGAACCGAUUUUUGAGGACGAAAGUCAGCCGUUUUCUCAUCCAGUAGCCGGUGUAGAUGAAUUAGAGAACAAAGAAGAAACCAAGAACAACUUUAUUUCCUCCUCAACGAAGCAGACCCAUAAUUUCCUCCUCUCCGAUGCUUCGGCGUCCGCCACGCCCAUCCAGCCCCCGACGUUCCGGGAAACGCUAUCCUAUGUAGAAACUCUCCCCACAGCACCGUAGUUGUCAUGCAGGUUUGCAAUAACAGGAACAUUUGUAAUGCGCACCUACUACAUGAGAGGAAUUUACAAUCGUGUUUUGGCACUUGUAAUGCUGUAAACAGGAUGAGGCGAUGAGCUUGCGAUGCGACUGUCCUUGCCAACCUGCACUAAACUACAAAGACGAACUUGUCAUGCAUGGCUACCAAAACUCCUGGGUUUGUGUUGCCGAGUUCGCAACUUGACUAUGGGGUGGGGUCGCUUUUACCAAAGAUAAACGAUCACAAACAGUUCUUCCGCGCGGGAGAAGGAGAUGGAGGCACUGCGGGCGCGCGACGACGCCGCGGAAAAAGCGGAUAUUGAGGAAGAAAAGCAGAAAGCGCUGCGGUUGCGGGAGGAAUUGGGGCUGGACUCCUCCGAUUUGAGCGGGAGUCAGAUGUCGGUAUGAGAAGGGUUAGGGCUGUGGGGGUUGCCGAAUUUUGGUGUUCUUGCAAAAUGUUAUCACACAAUAAUGACUAUAGGUAGCAGGUGUUUAAUUAUUGGUAGCAGUUUCACAAUAGCAGAAACAAGUAGCUGUCAGCCUCAGCUACGCUUUCAGAGCAAAAUCGUUUUAUUGUAUUGACUUGAAUCAGAUUUAAGUUCGUCUUUUAUGUUUGUUUGGAUUUCACAGUUAGGUUCACAACUUUUCACAGAUUUGUAAACGUAAACUACACUCGUACGGGGCUAUUGACGUAUCAGAAGGACACCAGCGUCCAAGAAAAGUCCUACCUUCUAUUCGAAGAAUUUUUCAGUUUGAGCAGCAGAUUGAGAUUUUACACUAGCAGAAGAAGCAUCGACGUCAUUGCUCUUGACGAUUCCGAUGCGUGGUACAGGAUUUGUGUUUGUCAGACCUUUGCUUGAACAACUUUAUACACAUCGAAUUUGUUUCGCUGAUUUGAGCAUUGUAAUCUUGUUGAGCAGUAACUUUGUCUUUGAAACUUGAAAUACAAAUGUUGGCAGUUGGAAUAAAGGUAUUCUUGUUGUGUAUGAUUUUUACAGUAUUCUUGUUGAUAUCAAGCUCUGAUGUAUAUUGAUUUCAUGUCUUGCACCAAGCGAAGUGCUGGCCGCUUCGGUCUUGUUGGAAUUGGAAAGGGCCGUCAACUUUCGCACAGUAGAUGCAGUACUUCUACAACCAGAGCCCGAAAAAUAUUAAGGAUUGUACUCACACAUUUGGGUCGUUUCAAAUAGAAUUUUCAUACUUAAUUUUUUUUCGCUUCAAGGGUUUUGGCCAUCCCGAGUUCUGGCAUCCGUUAGUUGUUCUUCACGCCAGCGAGUGCAACAAAGAACUUUUUGCAGCGAAGUGACAGAUAGUAUAGUAAUCUGGAACAGAAUUGAGAGAGGAUGAGCGGCCAUUCAUUGAAAAUCUGAUGGAGUCUGUGAGCUGAGGGCGCCA